CCAAUCCACAUCAUGCCAUGAUGAACCUUUGAUAUGUACUUUUGCUAGGCUACAAAUAAGCUAUGCCAACUAUACAUUAUUAUAGCACUGGGCUGCAUCUGGCUAAGGUUAGUUAGAAGUGAAUCGUCACAAACAGAACACAAUGUGUACUGCCAGUUAUUUAAGAAACUUGGAAGUAGCUUACUAAGAGAAUAAGAAUAAAAUAGUUGUUUGAAAACAGGAGGAUAUGAUGAAGCUUAGCGUGUUAACAUCAACCGUCUGGUGUGUUUUUUCGAUGGUAUUCUGUCAACUGCAGGCAAUUAACCAUGGUGAAGAUAUGCAACACCGACUUGUCGGUAUUAAUCACCUUGAUACACUAACACAUAAUCAAGUGAAUAAAAGAGCGACGAUUAAACCAAAGAAAAACCUGUGGCCGGCAGGAAGAAUACCUUACAUACUGGACCCAGACUUUAGCGAGGAAAAAACACGUAAUAUACAUGAAGCCAUGCAAAAUUGGGAGAAUCGAACUUGCAUAAGGUUCGUUCAACGAGAACCGGAUGAUCAAGAUUACGUAUACUUCGAAGAACACCAUUCAAGGUGUGAAACAAAGACUGGCCGCACUAGAGGAAAACAGAUUACCUAUUUAGGCGCAUGCGCACGAAAUGUUGGAAAUAUAAUGCAUGAGCUGGGACACAUAAUAGGAUUUUACCACGAACAGGUAACUUACUAUCUACGUGAAAAGUUUUAUAAAAAGAACCGUCCAGACAGGGAUAAAUAUAUAAAAGUACUUGUUGAUAAUAUUGAUGCGUCGAAACUACCAAAUUAUCGAAAAUACUCCAGAAGUGAAACACGAACAAUCGGUUUUGCAUACGACUAUGAAAGCAUAAUGCAUUAUAGUAAUAACGCGUUCUCAAAUGGUAAUGGACCGACGUUCAAGAUUAAGAAAAUUGCAUCUGGUUUUAACUUCACAGUGGGCCAACGCAGACGAGUCAGUGACCUAGAUGUAGCCCAAGUGAGAGAAAUGUAUAAAUGCAACAAAUUAUCCGUUAACGACACUUGUAUUACGAACAACGGCUUCAACUAUCGAGGAACCUUAGAUUAUACCGUCAGCGGUGUAACCUGUCAACGUUGGAGCUCAAAUUGGCCCCACAGCCACCAACUUUUCACACAAACCAAUGUAAAUGACAAGGGACUUGGGGAUCACAACUACUGCAGAAACCCAGACGGUAGAGAAAGACCAUGGUGUUUUACGACAAAGAAGAAGCCUACCUGGCAGUACUGCGACUUAAAGAAUUGCUAAGUUGAGACCUACUCUGUUUAGGGGCUAACAUACCAAGUGUGGACCCUGAUCUGUGGCCUAGGACCGUAUUUAUGAGUGAUCGAGUAUUCAAUGUGAGCGAAGUAAAAAAAAGUCAAAAACAACUUAAUAAACAAUAUGUUAAAAUUUUCAUUGAUUCAACGAAUAUUUAUUAAUAAUUUGUUUCUUAAAAUUUAUUUAUAUCUAUGUCUAUUACUAUAUAGGCCUAUGUUAUCUAUUUUGCUCCUCCGCCGAGGAGGGUAUGUUGUAUUCACCGCUGUUUGUCUCUCUGUCUAUCUGUUCGUUUGCAGGAUUAACUAAUUAAUGGAUAAUUAGUGAAGUGGUAGAUUAUUGGUCUAAGGAAGAGUUGAUUUAAUUUUGGGAUGAAAAUGUCAAAGGUGAAAAUCAAGGUCAUGGAAAUUCGAAUAAUUUCCUUAAAAACUUACCCUUGGGCAUAACAUAAAAUAAUGGAUUCGCCCGGCUCGCUCAUAAACACCCGGUAUGUCUUUAAGCACAGAGCAGGGGUAUGCACUCUAUGAAGUGCUGAAUUGUAUUAUGUAUUUAUUUUAGGCGCAUUAUUACCAUAUUGGUAAUCAUAACCAUAUAACUUAAUCAUUGAACAAGAAUAUCAAUGUGACUUAAGACCCUCAGGAGAGGAGAGAGUUAUUGAAAAGUGCAACAUCUAGUCCCGAUUUAUUUGCGCUAUAUAAAUCCAUCUAUUAUUAUUAUUAUUAUUAUUAUUAUUAUUAUUAUUAUUAUUAUUAUUAUUAUUAUUAUUAUUAUUAUUAUUAUUAGUAUCAUUAUUAUUAUUAAGACGCAAUACAAUGAGCAUUUGCUGUUAUAAAUACAGUUCACUUUUGACGUCAGUUUACCGUCCACACAAUACACUUAUGUUAACAACAAAAAUUCAUCAUUUCUGUGGAAGAUGUACCGUACCGUAAUAAAACAGUCUACAUUGUACCACCAUAUUAGUAUUCAUAAUCAAAGGCAAUAAACUACAAAUCAAGUUUAA